UCAGACAGAGAGUCAGAAGAUCUGGAUUUGAGUUCAGACUUAGCUAUUAACUAGCUGUGUGGCCUGGGGAAUUCUCAGGCUUUCUCAGGAUCCUUAUCUGAAGAGUGGGCACAAUAGCAUUCCUUUCUACAGGUCUUAUAUGAAGCAUGGUACUCCCUCCAGUUUGUCAGCAUAGGAGAAGGCUCCUCUUGGGAGGAAUGAGGAUGAAAGACAGACACUGGGCAAACUCCAGGCUCUGUUUUUGCAGAGUCUGCCCACAGACAGGAGCUAGCUAUGUGACAGCAGUGUGCCUAUGCAGACAGAGGGAGCAGCGACCAGAGAUCGGGUGUCCUCACCAUGGCCUACACUCUGUCCCUGGCCAAACUCAAGGAACGGCUCCGGAUCCGCAACCUCCUGGUCCGGCAGUGCCUGGCAGAGUUUCUAGGUGUGUUUGUGCUCAUGCUCUUCACCCAGGGGUCUGUGGCCCAGGCAGUAACCAGUGGAGAAACUAAAGGCAACUUCUUCACCAUGUUUCUGGCUGGCGCUCUGGGCGUUAUACUAGCCAUCUACGUUGGUGGUAAUGUCUCAGGGGGCCACCUGAAUCCAGCCUUCUCCCUGGCCAUGUGUCUCUUGGGACGCUUCCCCUGGGCCAAGUUUCCCAUUUACUCCUUGGUGCAGUUGGUGUCUGCUUUCUGUGCCUCUGCAGUCACCUAUGCACUCUAUUACGAUGCCCUACAGAACUAUACAGGUGGGAACCUGACAGUGACUGGUCCCAAGGAGACAGCCUCCAUCUUUGCCACCUAUCCUGCCCCUUAUCUAUCCUUGAGCAAUGGCAUCCUGGAUCAGGUUCUGGGCACCUGGUUGCUGAUGGUGGGGAUCUCAGCUAUCCUGGACACACGGAACAAGGGAGUGCCUGCAGGUCUGGAGCCUGUGGUAGUGGGGUUGCUGAUCCUGGCCAUUGGGCUAUCCAUGGGUGUCAACUGUGGGUACCCGAUGAACCCUGCCCGGGACCUGGGCCCACGGCUCUUCACCUAUGUGGCCGGCUGGGGUCCUGAAGUCUUCAGCGCUGGUAAUGGUUGGUGGUGGGUGCCUGUGGUGUGUCCUCUGGUGGGGGCCGCUCUUGGCACAGCCACAUAUCAGCUGCUGGUGGCUCUGCACCAUACUGAGGACUCAGAGACAGCUCAGGAAGUAAACUGUGCCCAACCUGAAGUCUCAGCCAGAGAAAGUCCUGCUGCAACUCAGAUGUGGACGAGUAAGCUGUGAUUCUGACAUGACAGUUCUCAUGGACAUUGAAGACGGCUGGAGACCUCUGCCUGAUGACAAGACGUUCUUUCUCUUUAUUAAUACACCAGGCCCUGGGAAGCUUCUCUGUUUAUUCAUUUAGUCAUCGCUUCCUCCUAAACUGAGGAGGAUCAGGUAGAGCGGGAUCCCGUUUAGGACCCAGGCUUUUCAUCCCCUCCUUCCCCAUGCAGGUUUUCAGACCCCAGGACUUCCAGGAACGUAGUUCCUCAAAGUAGCCGCAAGAGGGUGCGCACCCUGGAAACCGGAUUGGGAAGGCUGAGGGAAUCUGCAGGGUGGUGGAGGCCAUCCAUCCAGUUCGGAGCAUAACGCAGGGGACCUCCUCCAAAGCUUAGUCCCCACUGCCUGACUUUCAGUUCUCCUAACCUCAGCGCCGUCCGCCUUGAUGCUCACUGGGGCACCUCGCCUAGAUUCAGCCACCCCCAGACAGUAGUUAGGAGUGGGCGAACAGCCUCCACCAAGGGGGCGUGGUGGUACGGGGAGAAGGAACACAGCCGCCAGUGGAACACAGCCAUUCAAGCGCCUAGAGUCUGGGGGAGCUAGGCGGAGAAAGUGAGGCACGAGCCAAUGCCUAGACUUUCCAGACGGUGUCAUUCAAUCAACGGGUGAACUACAAUGACAUGAGCCAGGGCGAGGAGAGAAGGUGAAGGGACAGAGGGCUCCGAGGGAAAUCAGUGUAGGGGCAAGGGACAGCUGGCGCGGAGGAAAAAUCUCGUCGCUCACCGCUUCCCAACUCUCACACACCUCCUUGAAGAAGACGCUCUUUUAGCAGAGAAGCAGCGUCCUUCUAUUUCCACUCUUUAAAAAGCAAAACUCAGCCCUACCUUGCCUCCAGACUUUUUUUUUUUUUUAAUGCGGGAUAAAUCUGGGAGUGGGUGGGCGGGCACCGCGGCCGCGUACCGCCGAGCAUCGCAGGGGUUAAGACCCUCCCCCUGCCCCGCACAAAGAU